GAAGGGGCAGGGCCGGUCCGUGCCCGGCGCACAAAGCCGGGGCCCGGCGGGUCCGCGAUGGGGCUGGCGGCGGCGCGGGGCUGGGCGCUGUCGCCGCUGUCGCCGGGCCCGGCGGAGCGCAGCCGGCCCUACGCUGUGCUGCAGCACCAGAACCUGGUGCUGCUGGGCAGCAUCCUCAGCGCUCUGCUGCUCACCAUCAUCCUCAUGGCCAUCUGUGUGUACCGGCCCGUCCGGCGGCGGUAGCGGAGCGGGAGCCGCGGGACGUCGAGAGAAUGCUGCAUCCCACCCGGUUCUCCCUCCUGGCAUCCACCGUCCCAGCACCGCUUCAGUCCUGCCGGUUCUCCCGCCUGGUACCGACCCCAGCAGGUUCUCCCCUCCGGUGCCCACCGUGCCACCAGUGCUCCGGUGCCGCCCGGUUCUCCCCUCCGCUCCCGUCAGCUGCUGGGGAUGCCCUGAGGAUGCGAGCGUGGCUUUUCUCCCAUCUCUGCUGUAUCACGCGGCUCCAUCGCGAUGUGGCUUCCAGCAGUGGCGUGGCCGGGUGCUGGGAAUCAUCUCCUCCCUCGGCAAACGCUCCUGGAGCUCCUGGGCCCGGCUCGGAGCAGGGGCUGAGCAACGCCUCCCAAAUCCCAGCGUUUCUGCGAGGCUGAUCCCAGCCCGUGUGCUCCAGAGCAUCCCCGGGGCGUGCAGGCGCAAGAACAGGGCGAGACUGGGGCAUUGUGCGGGGAGCAGCUCCACGUGUGUGCUUUUUGCUCUCUGAUUCAUUCAGGUCCUUGUUUGAACGCUGAGUCCUGGGGUUGGAUGGGGCUUGGAGCGACCUGGGGUAGUGGGGGGUGUCCCUGUCAGGGCAGGGUGUAGAACAGGAUGAGCUUUAAGGUCCCAUUUUAAAAUAUUCCAAAGGUAAAAGUUCAGUGAAGCAGCCAGCAGUGGGUGGAGGGUCUGGUCCAUUCCAGCCUCUGAGCAGAACACUGAUGCAUGAGCUGAGUUUUCCCAAGUCAGGCUUCUCAUUCCCAUUGUUACGUGCUUUAACUCCUGGCUAAAAAGCCCCAAAACCUCCCAUCAAACCAGCCCUGCUGAGCCUGUUGGGAACUGGGGUGCAGGUAAGGGAUUCCAGCAUGUGCUGGUCACUGCUCCUGGAAACAGGAGCCUCCCAAGGUCUGCAGGCCAGGCAGAUGCUCUGGAAGAGUUUGAGCUCCAGCCAGACCCAUUUGAUGCAGUUUCAGUAAUAACUGUUUACACUGAAUCCCACUUCCAUACGAAAGCUGCUAUUUUGUUUUGCACUGCUACACAUAGUAACUGGAUUUUACUAAUUAUUACUUUAAUAUUUAACAUAGGGGUGUUUUGCUUAGUAAUUUAUUUAGUUUUAAAACGUUAACUUCCAGAACAAUUGUUGUUGACCUGUUCUCAAGCCCUCGUGCUGCAUCUGAGGUGUUUUCUGUUGUGUUUCAAGGACACAGAGUGCUGGCAUUGAACAGGGAUUUUCUUUGUUUUGAGAAAUGACAGAGUGAGCCUGGCCUCGAGCAGAUGGAGCUGUUAAUCCAAGAGUGAGGCAGCAAGGCAGCACUGUUCUUUCUAUUGCUUUCUGCCCCUCCUUUUGCUCUCUGAUUCCUGUGUUCCUGAUUUUUCCUGGUCCUUCAUCGCUGUGAAGCCUGGCCUGCAGCCUGUGCUGCUCGUGGGGGUGGAUGGUGAAGCUCCCAGCCUCAGCUCUGCAUUCCCAGGAGCAGAAUUCCUGUUUGCUCUCAUUCCUCACUCCCUGCUAUGCCUCUUUGUACAAAUAAAACGCUCAGUAAACAA